GGCGCGCCGAGGCUCGCUCGGGAGAAGUGGCCGCCGAUGACGGCAGAGGUGCAGCCAGCCCCGCGCGCGCAGCCCCCUCCCCCUCGCCCUCCUCCCCCUCCUCCUCUUCCUCCUCCUCCUCCUCCUCCUCCCGGCCCCUCGGCGGCGCAGAGCAGCGGCGGCAGCGGCGGCGGAGGCAGCAGCCACCCGAUGUCUUCGGCCCCCGAGAAGCAGCAGCCACCGCACGGCGGCGGCGGCGGCGGCGGCGGCGGCGGGGGAGGCGGCGCGGCCAUGGACCCCGCGUCGUCCGGCCCGUCCAAAGCCAAGAAGACGAACGCGGGCAUCCGGCGCCCGGAGAAGCCGCCCUACUCGUACAUCGCGCUCAUCGUCAUGGCCAUCCAGAGCUCUCCCACCAAGCGCCUGACGCUCAGCGAGAUCUACCAGUUCCUGCAGAGCCGCUUCCCCUUCUUCCGCGGCUCCUACCAGGGCUGGAAGAACUCCGUGCGCCACAACCUCUCGCUCAACGAGUGCUUCAUCAAGCUGCCCAAGGGCCUCGGGCGUCCCGGCAAGGGCCACUACUGGACCAUCGACCCGGCCAGCGAGUUCAUGUUCGAGGAGGGCUCCUUUCGGCGGCGGCCGCGCGGCUUCCGAAGGAAGUGCCAGGCGCUGAAGCCCAUGUACAGCAUGAUGAACGGGCUCGGCUUCAACCACCUCCCGGACACCUAUGGCUUCCAGGGCUCCGCCGGCGGCCUCUCCUGUCCGCCCAACAGCCUGGCGCUGGAGGGCGGCCUGGGCAUGAUGAACGGCCACUUGCCGGGCAACGUGGACGGCAUGGCUCUGCCCAGCCACUCGGUGCCCCACCUGCCCUCCAACGGCGGCCACUCGUACAUGGGCAGCUGCGGCGGCGCGGCCGCGGGCGACUACCCGCACCACGACAGCUCGGUGCCGGCCUCCCCUCUGUUGCCGGCGGCCGCCAGCGGGGUCAUGGAGCCGCACGCAGUCUACUCGGGCUCUGCGGCUGCCUGGCCGCCCUCGGCCUCUGCGGCGCUCAACAGCGGAGCCUCCUACAUCAAGCAGCAGCCCCUGUCCCCCUGCAACCCUGCAGCCACCCCCUUGUCCGGCAGCCUCUCCACGCACUCCCUGGACCAGCCGUAUCUGCACCAGAACAGCCACAACGCCCCAGCUGAGCUGCAAGGCAUCCCGCGGUAUCAUUCCCAGUCGCCCAGCAUGUGUGACCGAAAGGAGUUCGUCUUCUCCUUCAACGCCAUGGCGUCCUCCUCCAUGCACUCUGCCAGCGGGGGCUCCUACUACCACCAGCAGGUCACCUACCAAGACAUCAAGCCCUGCGUGAUGUGAGGCUGCGGCCCACCAGGCGCUCCCGGCAUGGGCUGGCAGGCCCGGGGACCUCGGAGCCCACCACCAGAAACUGCUUUAUUCUUGAGGUAUAACCUUCGGCAGAAAAAAAAGGGGGUUGACCCCUCCCCAACCGGAUUAUUUGGAAAGAAAUCCCCAACGCAGAGGCCCCAGUCCCCCGCGGUCAGCGACUCCUCCCCCAGUGGCUCACUGCGGGCUUUAGAACGUGAUCUUGGGGCCUGGUGGGACUGCAGCGCCCGGCGAUCGCCGGCUGUUCUCGGUCGACCGUGUGGAACCCGGCUGCGGAGGGAGGCGCUGAGCCGCUGAGGCCCUCGACCCCCAGAGUUCUGCUGAGGUCCCCGCCCUGGCCAAAGCGGGGAGGAUUUUUAGGCGAAAGGCAACACGUGAGACCAGCCAUUAUCAAAUACUUUUAUUUUUUGGUUGAGUAUUUAUCUUUUUAUUUUUAACUUUUUUGAAAGAAUGUCUUGGAAUGCAGGUCCCUCUAGAGCCGACCUUUGCAGGGAGGGAGGGGACCAGACGGCCUCGCCCUCCCGGCUCAGAAGGCUCCUCCAGCAGCCACAGGUGGAUCUUUGUGCGAAUACCUUACAUUUCUGAAGCCACUGUUCGUCUUUAAAAGAAAACAGAAGGAGCCAAGAAGCCAGCGGCUGUCUGGCCUCAGCCGUCCCCUGUCCCCUUCCACCGUCCUCAUCCUUCUCGCCAGUCUGUUUUGUUUUGAAUUUCAUUUUUACUUUUUCGGUGGGUAUUUUUCUCUCUCCCGAGCUCUACUGUAAACUUUCUGGUCCGAGAGCGAGGUUAAGACCCAGGCCCCGGGAGGCCGACCGGCUCUCAGCCCUGCGGAGACGCAGAAAGGUUAAGGCACUUUUAAAACUAACGCGAGGCUCAUCCUGUUAUUUAUUCUACUUUCUCUCCCAGUAAGCGGAACACCGCACAGGCUCCUCCGUUGAUCAGUAUUAAUGGUGUAACUUUGUUGGCAAUAUUUGCCGUGUAGAAUUUUUUUUAGAUAUCCAUUGUAAAUUUGAAGCAAAGACCAAUCCAUGUAAAAACAAAUUUCCUAUGUUUUAUAUAAAUAUAUAUAAUAUGAAGGACUGUCCCCCUUUUUAGUAUUUGGGCUGCUGGGCUGCAGCAUGUGACACGUAUUUUAAAUUUACUUCUGCACUGUAUAAAACAACAAUUUGAGGAUGUUUUUGCCUUUUGUGUAUUUUUUUUCCUAAAAAAAAAGAACAAAAAAUAAAAAUGUAUAACAUUUGUA